AGUCCGCAAGGAGUCCAAGCAUUCUCACCCCUGUAUUCUCUGUUACCCUUUACCCUCGCGAGAGAGAGAGAGAGUUGAAGGACGCGAAGAGGGAGAAAGAAGGCGUCCGGGGUGCGAAGGAAUCAUCUACUUAUCGUCUUAAUCUGGAGCAGCGGAGGGCAUGGAGGACGAGGUACUAUUGCUGAAUGAAUAGUUGUUUUUUUUUUUUUGUUCUGCUUGGGCUGAGAAGAGGCGCUUGUGAAUCAUUCUGGGAUGUUUUGGUUAUGCUCUUCGUGCCGAGCAUCUUCAUUUCGCAGUAAGAUGUUUCAGAGGAACUGAGUUUAUUGGAACUUUGGAUUGCCAUUUCGGGCUUGAAUUUGCUCGGGUAGAUCGGUUUGGUUGCUGGAGGCGGUUUUGGGGCGGAGCUUUUAGUUUUGGGGGUUUUCGAGAUUUUAUAGGAUUUGUGAACAGUUGGCGAAGUGGCAGAAUGCAAAGAUUGAUCUGGAGGAACUAGGAAAGGGGAUAAUUUUUUCUUCUGGUUGCUCCGACUGCUGCGUAUCGACUUGUGGCAGGAAGAUCUAAUUUUUAACCAUUUUGAUUCUCGCACUUUUCGUGCCUAAUUCUUAUUGUAUUCAUUUUGGCGCUGGAUAUACGAUUCGUUCUGCUGUUAAGCGGCUGGACAAGGUUGAAGGGAAGAAGGGCUUUGAGAGGCGAGGCUGCAGGCUCAUUGAUAGGAGUUGGAAAAGGGAAACGUUGGUCUUUUUUCUUCUCCCCAGUUAUGCCCAAUGGAUUCUUUAAGGGAAAGUUAGUCCUUGGCACGAACAGAAGUUGGCAUUUCUUUUCAGUGCUUUGGUAGCUCAAGUUAGCUCUACUGCUUUUUUUGUCUCACUGGAGAAUGGUGCCGUCAGGACCACCAACUGGAGUUGGCAGUGCCCAGUCCAUGCCUUCUUCUCUUCUGCGGACAAACUCUGGCUUACUAGGAGCGCAGCCGGGCUCCAUCCCUUCUCAGCAGCCUUUCUCUUCUUUGGUUUCCCCUCGGGCACAGUUUAAUGGUGUUGCUAAUGGUAACACUAUGGCAUUGCUUGGUGGCAUCUCGAAUGUAUCGUCUCUCCUCAACCACUCGUUUGGAAAUGGAGUGCCUAAUUCUGGUGCUGGGAUUUCUGCCCAGCAAAUGAAUUCUCAGCAGCGAGGGGGUAUGGGAAACAGCUCUGUAGAUAUACUCGGUUCUGCAGAGCCUGAUCAACUAUCCUUUCCUUCACCAACUGGUCCAUUGCAGGGACAGCAUUUGCAAAACCCUUCAGUGACCCAGAUGGGUGAUCAUUCUCAUUCUCAGUCUCAACAACUGGAUAUGGUGCAGAACUUCCCUCAGCAGCUCACGGUUCCUCACAGCCAGCACCAGCAGCAGAGAGGAGGGCUUGGAAAUGUUGGUAGUAUGGCUCAGGUUAAGUUGGAGACGCAAAUUGGCUCUAACGAUCAGAGUUUCUCUGGACAGCAAUUGCAAACCAUGCGAAGUAUUGGUCCUGUUAAAAUGGAACCUCAACAGCUACAGUCUGUGCGAAGUUUAGUUCCAGUGAAGUUGGAGCAUCAGCAUACAGAUUCUUCAUUGUACUUGCAGCAACAUCAACAACAACAUCAACAACAACAUUCACAACAGCAAUUGUUGCAAAUGUCAAGAUCGACACCCCAUGCUGCUAAUGCUGCUGCACAAAUGAACCUAUUGCAACAACAAAGGUUAUUACAACUCCAACAACAACAACAACUUUUUAAGGCCCUUCCGCAACGGGCACAAUUGCAACAACAGCUGCAGCAUGGUCUUCCAAUCAGACCUCAAAUGAAAACCACAACGUAUGAGCCUGGAAUGUGUGCAAGGCGUUUGACCCAGUACAUGUAUAACCAGCAACGCAGACCGGAAGAUAACAAUAUUGAAUUUUGGAGGAAUUUUGUGAAAGAAUUCUUUGCUCCAAAUGCAAAGAAGAGAUGGUGUGUUUCUCUUUAUGGAAGUGGUCGUCAAACUAUCGGUGUUUUUCCACAGGAUGUGUGGCAUUGUGAAUUAUGCAACCGUAAGCCCGGCCGUGGUUUUGAGGCAACUGUCGAGGUUUUACCUAGGCUAUUGCAAAUUAAAUAUGCCAGUGGCACUUUAGAGGAACUUCUUUAUGUGGACAUGCCUCAUGAGUCUCAAAAUACAUCGGGUCAGAUUGUCCUAGAUUAUGCCAAAGCUGUCCAGGAGAGUGUAUUUGAACAAUUACGUGUUGUGCGUGAUGGUCAAUUGCGAAUAAUUUUCAAUUCAGAUCUAAAGAUAGCUUCAUGGGAGUUUUGUGCUAGAAGGCAUGAGGAACUUAUACCCAGAAGAUUGAUAAUACCCCAGGUUAGUCAGCUUGGCACUGUUGUUCAGAAAUACCAAACUGCUUCUCAAAAUUCAUCAUCUGGCCUCUCUUUGCAAGAUCUCCAAAAUACUUGUAAUUCCUUUGUUGCUUCUGCUCGCCAGUUAGCUAAAGCAUUGGAGGUUCCAUUAGUUAAUGACUUGGGUUAUACAAAAAGAUAUGUGCGCUUCCUUCAGAUUUCUGAAGUGGUUAAUAGCAUGAAGGAUCUGAUUGAUUACAGCAGGCAUACCGGUACAGGACCCAUGGAUAGCUUGAUCAACUUUCCUAAAAGGAAUUCUUCAGGCCUACAUUCUCAACAGUCCCAGCCACAAGGUACUCAACAAAAUGUAGUGCAGAAUUCUAGCCAAAACGAUCAAAAUUCUUUGAAUUCUCAUGGAACGGGUAUAGUUUCCAGUAACAAUGGUGUAGCAGUUGUUAACAAUUCCCUCAAUGCGCCAUCAUUAACCUCGACUUCCGGAACUUCUAUUAUUAGCCUUCUCCAUCAAAAUUCAAUGAACUCCAGGCAAGAAAAUCUUAUGAAUAGCUCUAAUAACAUGUAUGGUGGUGGGAAUCCUGUCCAAAUCCCUUCAGCAAGCUCUUCCAACUCAAUACCUCCAUGCCAACCCCAUCCAUCAUCAUCUCUUUUAUCUCCGACGCCAACUUCCAGUGACACUAUGAUUCCUGCUACUCAUAACUCUCGUCUGAAUCCCCUCACCUUGACACCCAAUAUGCCUGCAAUGCAGCAGCAGGUGACUCAAACCCGCGAACCCGACUUAACCGACUCGCAGAGUUCAGUACAGCAAAUAUGGAAUGAAAUUAUGAUGUCUUCUCAGCUAAAUGGUGUCGGCGCCAUGGGGAAUGACAUGAAGAGGAUUAAUUCUGUUCCUACUGGUCUAAAUGGAAGCAAUGGAAUUACCAACAGUCUCGGUGGCAAUUCUGGAGUUGGCGGCAUCGGGUUUGGCGUUAUGGGAGGGAUUGGCCCAUCAGUUAGUUCGAGCGGGUUGAAGGCAACCAUGGCUAAUAAUGCUUUGAAUAGAGUUGGAAUGAACCACUUGACUCAGGAUUCAUCUGCAAUAAGUCAUCAGCAGCAACAGGACAUGGAAAGCCGGUUGCUGGGUGGACUUGAAUCAGUUAACAGCUUCAGUAAUAUGCAGUUUGAUUGGAAGCCCUCUCCCUGACAUGUCAAUUGCUCUGUAAAUGGAUUACUCGUCUUCAUAAUCAACCGCUGAAAUAGUCCUAAUAUCAACCUGGAACUAGCUUCACUUCAAGCCUUAAUAUGGCAAAGGAGGUAGUUUUGUUGGCUUGUUAAUUUAUCAGAACGAGAUGGCUAUCAGUGGUUGAAAAAUACAGCUCCAUACAGUAUCAAAUCUUUCCUAUAGGAAGGCUAGAUUAUAAUGGGAGAGAAAAUUUGUCUAUAGAAGAACAAAGUGGAAAGCUGCUUCAUCUGUUGACUUUGAUGGCUUUACUACUACAGAAUUGCACCAAAAUAUGGGUAGCUCUGAUCCAUCUCCGAGGAUUUUGUAAACUAUCAUUCCUGACAAUAGCUUUUGUUAUCAUUUAUGUUUAGUAGAAUAUGUGAAAGAAUUAAUGGUUUAUAAUAGGUGAGUAUUUCAGAGUGUGGUAAUGGUGAUUCUACCUGCUUGAAAAGCUUGCAUUUUCUUGUACUUGUUUGCAUAGAUAUUAUAAAUGAGAAAAAUGAAUGAGGAAGCUUAGAAAUGAUUAAAUUCUAAAGGAAUUACUUCUAAAA